AUGAAAAUCAACAUUUUGUCCUUUGGGGUCGCCGUGAUCUUUUUCUGCACGGUAGCAUCAACAUCAUCAGCUCCUGGAGCAGCACCGCCGCCGCCACCGGCCAAGAAACAUCCACAUGGAUGCGAUUGCUACACAAUCUCAGGGCCCGAUCCAGGAUACUUCCGGCACUACAAGCUCUGGGACUUUCGGGCAGUGGAUUUGAAGAAGCAUGCCAGUCUCAAUCUGUCGGAGCCCAUUGAUUAUGGCGACGAAGACUGGGAUGAUGACGAUCAUGGCUACGACGAAGACCUGCAAUAUGGUCAUCUCUCACCUGGAGUCCUUGAAGAAAAGGACACGGACCCUAGAUCACUGGUAUUCUACAAAACCUCAUUCGAGAGAGACUGGAGCAGUCAGAACUGGGAACGCCCAGGCACCGCAAUAGCCCCGGUGCCCAUGGUAAAUUCGAAGCACAACGUCUUUCUCACCCGGGAUUACGAGCGAAAUUAUUACGCGACGUAUCUUGUUCUGCGUACCACCCGCUUUUCAGAAUACACUUCCACCGCGGAGAUCGAGACUCGCAUACGCAACAUCUAUCGGUGCUCGGUGCGUGUCCGGCUACGUCUAUUGCCAGCUGGCUCCGCCGUAUCAGAACCUCCUCCUCAGCUUAAAGAAUGGCCGUCGCGGGAUCCAAAACAACAUCCCACAGCGCCCUUGAACAAGACGAUUCCACCUCUCCGUGAUGACAAACCACCUGACGGCGCUUGUGCCGGAAUCUUCACCUACCAUGACCAAAACUGUGAAUCGGACAUUGAGAUCUUGACACGGGACCCGGCCCAUCGCGUGCACUAUGCCAAUCAGCCCGAUUAUAAUUUUACCGCUGAUCAUGAGAUCCCCGGUGCCAGUACCAUUGCCGAUUUACCUGUUCCAUGGACAACAUGGUCAACGCAUCGCCUGGACUGGCUCUCGGACAUGUCUCGGUGGUAUGUCGACAAUGAGAUGCAAGAUGCCAAAACGUACGGGGUUCCUGACCUGGAGAGCAUGAUUAUUCUUAAUCUUUGGAGCGACGGUGGACUGUGGACGGGCGACAUGAGAAUCGGCGACAGUAUAUACUUCGGCAUCGAAUACAUUGAGCUGCUCUACAACCGUACCUCCGAUUCUCUCAUGGGACAUCAUGUGUCUCCUUCACAGAACCAUACCGGCCAUCAAAUGCCCCCUCUGACGAAUGGUUCUAUUGCCAAUGGAUAUCCAUUCGAGCCAGAUAGGAAGCACAGGCACGAAAUGUGUAAGCCAGGUAGGCAGGGCCGUGAGUGCAGAAGAAAGAAGUGGCGGAACAGGCCUCUUCGUGAAUCUUGUCAGAGACCCUGCAACAUUGAUGAGUUUUAA